AUGUCCAAAUUUUCAUUGGAACAAAUCAAUGUCAUAUCAAUACAUGCUUAUUAUGAUCAGAAAUCAACGGAAAUUAUUGAAAUGACCAAUUUAUUAAAAUAUAAAAGUCAACAUUUUCAUUGUAAAGUAAAAAUUAUCUUGAAUGAAUGCAUUGCAAAUCAAUGUUGGAGUAUUGGCUUAGUACAAGCAUGUGAUCAAUUGUAUUUGGAAAAUCGUUAUGGGAAUUAUGGUAGUACAUUUUGGGAAUUUCAUCCAUUAAAAUCUGGUCGUCAUAAAAUGGUCAAUGAUAGUGAUGGACGUCAAUAUCCAUUUUAUAGUUUAAUUAAUAGUAAAUAUGAAAUUUAUCGUGGUAUAGUAUCGGAUAAUAUGAUCACACUGACAUAUGAAGAUCAUUUCUAUCCAACAGUUGCAUGGGAAUUGCCAUAUUAUGGUGGUGUGAAAUUGACCGAUAUAUCAAGAAAACAAGAUUUUUGGGUAUGGUUAAUUGCUAUUAAACGUGCUAGAAAUCGUAAACCGAAUUUUUAUGGUCUAGUCAAUGUAGAACAAGAUGAAGUGUAUAUAUUGAAUACAAUACGUUGGCGUUAUACCCUACAUAUGACAUUUGAUCCUUAUCAGUUGAUUGGUAAACGUUUAAAACGUAUUUACGAUUUACAACAAGAACAACCAAUUGUAUUGGAAGAUAAUAGAACAUUACCAUUGUCUGCAUUAAGUCCACCACAUUGUAAUUCAGCACAAUCAUUAAUUUGGUAUCCGAAUAAUUCAAGAGAUCAACCGAAAUUGAUUGUUCCACCGAAACAAAUCAUUGUACCAUGGAGAACAUGGACAAAUGAAAUGACAUUGAGUGGUAGUAAUUAUGUUAAACGUCCAGAACAAUGUAUUCUAGUUGGUGAAUGGUUUCAUGAUGCAGAAAUCGGUAUUAAAAAUGAUUCUACCAAUGUGGACACCGAUCAUAAUCCACAUGCUCCUCCUCCGCCUCCUCCUCCACGUGGUUCGGCGAAUCAAUCGACCGGUCUUGUCACUACUGUACGACCAUCUCGUGCACCGAAACAUUCAAGAGGUUUUUAA